AUGGGAAGUGAUCCGAAUCUUGUUAGUUAUUUAUUGUCAAAAUUGUCUACUACUUUCAAGAUUGGGGAUCUUGGUGAACCAGGUUUCUUUCUUGGUAUUGAAAUCGUUAAGUGCAGUGAUGGGAUCCUUCUAUCUCAACAACGGUAUAUGCUUGAUAUUUUGAAACGUGCUGUUAAUCAACUUUGUCAACAUAUGCAUGCUCCUACGAUCACUCAUUGGGAACAAGUCAAGCGUGUGUUGAGGGGUUUAGCUGAUGUUUGUGCUGAGGUAAUCUGGGUUAUCUCCCUCUUACGAGAGAUUGUUGUGACUAGGAUCUCUGUUCUCAAGCUGUGGUGUGAUAAUCUUGGUGCUACUUAUCUAUGUGUUAAUCCCAUUUUUCAUGCUCGCACUAAACAUGUUGAGAUUGACUAUCAUUUUGUGAGAGACGGAAUUGCCAAGGGAGAGAUUCAAGUCAACUUUAUCUCCACCAAAGAUCAACUUGUUGAUAUAUUCACAAAAGCUUUAGUAGGUCUUAGGUUUUCUUUUCUUAGAGACAAGCUACAGGUCACACCUGUACCCUGUGCUCGAGUGGGACUAUUAGGACUCUAUGUAUUUGAGUCAGGUUAUGAUUCACAAUCCUAG